AUGACUAAGAUUACCACUCAAUUGGAAACAGUAACUGAACCACAUUACAAGUACAUUAAAAACCGUCAAUUGGCUAUAGUUCAAGCACCAUUCUGUGGUGGUCAAGGUAAGACUGGUGUAGAAAAAGGACCUAAAUAUAUGUUGAAUCAUGGAUUGGAAUCGGAUUUAAGGGAACUUGGCUGGGAUAUAACUGUAGAAUCUCCCCUAGAUGAAGAAUAUCUUCAAAAAAUGAUGGAGAAAGAUGCUGUUACAGAUCGAUUUAAGAACACAAAAAGACCUGGACUUGUCGGUACCACUACAAAGACUAUCUACGAAAAUGUGUCUAAACUAGCUCAAGAUAAUAAAUUCGUUUUAACAUUAGGAGGUGAUCAUUCUAUUGCUAUUGGUACGGUUAGUGGUGUCCAAGAAGCUUAUUCUGAUCUUGGAUUGAUCUGGAUUGAUGCUCAUGCAGAUAUCAAUACCUUAGAAUCAACUGACUCCGGUAAUUUACAUGGCUGUCCUGUCUCCUUUUUAUUAGGUUUACAUAAAGACAUUGAAUGCCCUGAAUCAUUUAAAUGGGUUCCCGGUAAAUUAAACCCAAACAAAAUUGUCUACGUGGGAUUAAGAGAUGUUGACAAAGCAGAGAAAAAAAUUAUAAAAGACUUAGGUAUAAAAGCUUUUUCAAUGUAUCAUGUUGACAAGUUUGGUAUCAAUAAAGUCAUAGAAAUGGCAUUGGAGUGUUUACACCCUAAUGGUGGGAGAGGUCCCAUCAUGUGUUCAUACGACGUAGAUGCUGUAGAUCCGCUUUUUGUUCCAGCUACAGGUACUCCAGUUAGAGGUGGGCUAACACUAAGAGAAGGUUUGUUCCUUGUUGAAAGAUUAGCCGAGACUGGUGAUUUAGUCGCUUUGGAUAUCGUUGAAUGUAACCCAGAUUUGGCUAUAAAUGAUAUCCAUGUUUCUGACACAAUUUCUGCUGGCUGUGCCAUUGCAAGAUGUGCAUUAGGCGAAACUUUACUAUAA